AGUCCGUAUGGGUUAUUUUCGCUCUGCUUCCCCGAUGUGCUGCUGUCACUAGAUUAUAAACACAGACAUGAUCACAUCUACGGACGAGAUCGAUUGUGGACGCACAUGUGACAAUAUAACGUGCUGGAUGAGAUUCUUUGUGUAGUUUCGGCAAGAUAAAGAUGUGUAAUGGCUUCUGAAGUGUGAUCCAUGACGCCAUGCUCAGACACGGUUGCAGGUGGAGACUAAAUGUGGCCGAAGUCUUGAUGCUAUUUUGAGUGGUGCCAUGACCAGUCAGGGUGGUGACCAUGCAGACACACUAAACCCCCCUUCUUCAUCCUCCUCCUCUUCUCGGUCCUCAGCAGCCCGUAAGCUGCAGGUGCAGCGCUCGCUCUCCCGAGAUACCAUCACCAUACGCUUUUCCGCCAAGGGAAAUGAGGAAGAGGAGGAGGAAGAAGAACUCUACAGGCUAGCUGUUUCCCCUUCUGGCCUUGAAACUGAAGAUCAGACUGUAGUCACUGCACAGGAGGCCAGCGAGGAGCUUCUCUCUGAAGGACUGGAAGCGGACAUGGUUGCAGGACUGUCAUCCCAGACCCACAGUUCUGCCCUGGCUAUACAGCACCCUUCCAUCAGCCAGGGUUGCACAUCCACUUCUGGUCUUGCUAGCUUCUCAUGGCCCUCUGAACAGAGGUCGACUGCCUCAGUACCUUCUACCCAUUCAGCUUCCUCCAGCUCAUCCCCAGCCAAGGUCUCUGGCCUUCCCUCAAAGCCCUUCCUCAGCCUAAUCAAGUCCCUUUCCACUGAGGUGGAAUCUCGUGAGGUUGCUCCCCAGCCGAUAAGGCACCGGCAUUUGAUGAAGACCCUGGUUAAGUCUUUGUCCACAGACACUGCUCGAUCCGAGCAGGAGGCUUCAUCGUCUCAUUGGCCCUCAGAUUCCCGGCUCAAUCUGCACCUCUUCAAACCUUUCACCCAGACUCGUGUUCCUGCUGUCAGUGGAGACUCCAAAACUGCUCCCUCAUCCCCCCUCACCUCACCCGAUAGCCGCUCCUUCUUCAAAGUUCAGGAGGUGGAGGCACGUAUUGAAGACACAAAGCGGCGUCUGUCAGAGGUCAUGUGUGAGCCCCUUCAGCUGCUCAGCAAAAUCAUUGGCGAGGAACCUGGUGGCAUCAGCGCAAACACUUCCACAACUGCAGGAGUCUCUUACCGGUCCAGGAAACUUUCCUCCAGCGCCUCUGAACUCUCCAACCUGUCUGCCCUCAAUGGCCACUCAGAAAGCAACAAUAACUAUUGCAUCAAGGAAGAGGAAGACCUGGAAGGAGAAAGUCCUCUUGAGGGGCCAACUGUUGAGCUGCCUUUGCACAAAUCACCUUCUCUGGGCUUGGACAGGUGUUUUAUGUCAAUGCUUGCUCGUCAAGAAGACGAAGAGUUUUGCGAGCUCUACACUGAAGACUUUGAGCCCUGCACUGACACAGAGUUAGAUGGAGAAGAGCCUUAUUCAUCCCAAGUUCGACGAGGAAGCACAGGGGGAUGCAGUGAGGAACCAACUGAAGGAGGGGAAGAGGAGGAGGAGGAGGAGGAAGAAGAUGAGCCUCCAGGAGUACCCCACAAUGCGCUGAUUCUUCUUAUAUCUCUAGUUUACGGUUACUUUGUGUUACCACUUCCUACAUAUGUGUGUUGGGUUUUGAUGGGAGUGGUGGCAGGUUUCGUACUAGCUAUUCUGGUGGUGUGGUUGUCAGCAAGAGGCAGAUCUUCAUGUGGCCGUCAUGGCAGCUGGAGCAGAAGAGAGAAAUGGAACAGGGUUCCUCUGGAUAUCAAAGAACCAGCCAUCCACAAGGGUUGGAUGAAUGAGAUCUACAGCUAUGACCCUGAGACGUAUCACGCCACAUUCACUCACUCUGUGUAUGUGCGUCUGGAGGGCUCUGUCCUGCGACUGUCCAAACCUAACCGCAAUAUCCCCCGCCGGGCAACCUUCAACGAGCUCAAACCUGACGUCACCUAUGUUAGCCAGAAAAUCUAUGAUCUCACCAACAGUAAGAUCUACCUGGUGCCUCAUAGCCUGGCCAGGAAAAGGGUGUGGAAUAAGAAGUAUCCCAUCUGCGUUGAGCUGGCCAAGCAGGAUGACUUCCUGGCCAAAGUGCAGGGAGAUAAGUCUGAUGUGGUGGAGGAGAAAACCCCUGCAGUAGGAGACAGGCCCGAGGCUGUAGGCACUACUGAAGAACCUAAGAGAGUGCACACAGAACCUGUACUGUACCUGUUUGGGAGGACAGGAAGAGACAAAGAGGAAUGGUUCAGAAGGAUGCUACUUGCGUCCAAGCUGAAAUCCGAUGCCAAGAAGCCCUCUGGCCUGCCUACAAGCUGUCUGUCUCGUAGUCGCAACAGCAGUCAUGGCAGUCUGGAUGAAAUUUUCCAGUCUCAUCCCAGACAAAAAGACCUUGAUGCCAGUCUCAAACAGAAAGUUCUGGAAUACAACGUCUACAUGGCCAAAUAUGUCAGCCAGUCUGCAGGCAGCCCCACCACAAGCCCUGAUCAGAGUGCUGGAAGCAGCCCGGGAAUCGUGAAAAAGUUUCCAGCCAGUAGUGAGCAGGAAUCUGAGUCUGAAGCCUGGGUCAAUGCACUUUUAGGUCGCAUUGUCUGGGACUUUCUUGGAGAGAAAUACUGGGCAGAUGUGGUGUCCAAAAAGAUCCAGAAAAAGCUGAGUAAGAUCAGGCUGCCAUACUUCAUGAAUGAACUGACCCUCACCGAGCUGGACAUGGGAAUAUCUAUUCCUAAAAUCCUCAGCUCCUCCAAACCAUCUGUAGAUCACAGAGGCCUUUGGUUUGACUUGGAGAUCUCGUACAACGGUUCCUUUCUUAUGACUCUUGAAACCAAGAUGAACCUGACCAGACUGGGAAAGAAGGAGGGGGAAGGCCUUGGAGAACAGGGAAAAGAAGGACCCAGACCACGCACUUACUUCCUGGCUGACAGUGAUGAAGAGUCAUCGAGUGCAGGAUCUUCUGAUGAGGAAGAUGCUGUGGAAGUGCCUGAAAUUCCAGGAGUGGAAGGUUAUGUUGGGGGACACAGACCCAGCAAAAUCAUGCGCUUUGUGGACAAGAUUGCCAAGUCUAAGUAUUUCCAGAAAGCCACGGAAACUGAGUUCAUUAAGAAGAAGAUAGAGGAGGUGUCCAAUACACCACUGCUCCUGACGGUGGAGGUACAGGAGUGUCGAGGAACACUAGCUGUCAACAUUCCACCACCUCCAACAGACAGGAUAUGGUAUGGUUUCAGAAGUCCUCCUCAUCUGGAACUGAAAGCUCGGCCUAAACUGGGCGAGAGAGAGGUUACUUUUGCUCAUGUGACCGACUGGAUAGAAAACAAACUCAAUCAGGAGUUCCAGGUAUGCAUAUGUGAACACCAAUAUAGUCUUCCAUGGAUAUCAUUAUGAAUGCAAAAUCAAUUG